AUGUUAGGGUGUAAACUUGCUUUUAUUCCUAUGGAUCCUAAUGUCAAACUUACAUCAGAGUUUGGUGAGUUGCUGGAUGACCUAGGCAUGUAUCAACGUCUUGUUGAACGCCUCAUUUAUUUGACCAACACUAGACCUGACUUGACAUUUGCAGUUAGUGUUGUGAGUCAGUUCAUACAUGCACCUCGUACAAAUCACCUUGAUGCAGUUCAUCAUAAUUUGAGGUCUUUGAAGACUUCUCUUGGCUUGGGAUUGUUCUUUAUCACUGAUCUCCAAUCUGGGCUCUCUUGUUUCACCGAUGCCGACUAUGCAAGAUUAAGGAUUGAUCGUCGUUCCACUUUUGGCUUCUAUACUUUCUAUGGUGAUCAUCUUAUCUCAUGGAAAAAUAAGAAGUAG